AUGGGCGACAACAGCGCGACGUACCUACUGCUGCCGAGCAGGAUCAUCACGUCCUACAAGUCAAUCAUGCCGCAUGGCAUCGCUGCAGAGCGCGCGCUCCCUGCGCCGUCCUGCACGGGCUUCACCGCCGCAUACACGUUGGGCCGCCUCCGGGAUCUCCUCCGCACCGCCGCGCUGCGCGGGGUCGCUGGGGUGCCCACUUCCCUCGGGACGGAGGCGCAUGCGGCGCACGUUGCGAUCCCGGUGCUCGCGUUGGCGAACGCCGCGGAGGUCCACCUCUCCAUCGACGGCGCCGACAAGGUCAACCCGGACCUCAACCUCGUCAAGGGCCGCGGUGGCUCGCUCCUCCGCGAGAAGAUGAUCAAGGGCGACGGAGGCCGCUUCGUUGUCGACGAGUCCAAGCUCGUACCCUGCCUCGCCUGCACGGGCGCUGUGCCCGUCGAAUUUGUCCCCUUCCUGCAAGUCGGGACACCCCGCGCCACAGGAUCUUCAUCGCCGUCUAGGAUGGCCACGGCGGUGAGCUCCGACGCGGCAAGGGCAGUGACACGAAGCUCCGGCCAACGGUGAAGGAACACUCGUGACUCUUGAUUGCUUUUUUAUUUUCUUCUUAGGGUGUUCUUUGUAAAUUUCCUUACGAGUUGUAAAUGCUCUGUUAAAAGUAAUCAUCACAUGGACUGCCUGCAGUUUGCAGCCAUGUGCAGAGAUGCAGGCGCUGGACAAGCUAUUUUUUUUGUUUCCAAAAUAAUAUAGCGCCAGCGAA